AUGACAAAUAAUCGAAUAAUUCAAAUUUGGUGUUGGUGGUUACUAGUACUUAUGCAAAGUAUUUAUUCAAAUAGCUUACAAGCUCAAUUUAUGUCUUUCUGUAAUCAACCGCUCACGCUCUCAUCAUCAUUAUCAAUCACGUAUAAACCUUUAUCAUAUUCAACAUGCUGUAAUAUAACAGUAGUUAAAUCACGAUCAUUGUCAGAUUCAUCUGAAUACAUAACAAUAAAUAUUCUUGACAUGUCACAAAUGCAUCCAUCAUUAAAAAUUUAUAAUAAACAAACAGAACUGAUAAAAUUUUAUAAUUACUUAUCAUCGAAUCGAACUUAUCUUAAAUCAGAUAUAGUAAAUUUACCAAUUAUAUUUAGUUUAUGUCAAUUUGAUAUUCAACCAUUUCAAAUAUUAAUAACAAAUAUAUCAAAAGGCAUUCAAUGA